CCGGUGCGCCUGCGCGCUCGAUCCCGGGUCGCCCGCCCGCCCGCCCGCCCGGACGUCAACAUGAGCGGCUGCGCGAGGCUCGAGCUGCUCAAGGAGCAUGGUCUUGGAGGCUAUGAUUCUGAAUUCAGCGAGGAUGAAAAUGAAGGAGAGACGUCUGAUUCUAAAUCUAAAAGUAAAGAUGCUGCACUUCUUAAAAAGCCAUUUCAAAAGGAAAAGCAUGUCCACGUGGCUCACAAGCGAAUUGCAGCUCAAGAAUGGGACAGGGAAGAAGCAAGACACCAACGGUUCCAUCUUAUUGCCAUGGAUGCUUAUGCAAGACACAAGAAGUUUAUCAACGAUUAUCUGCUGUAUUAUGGUGGCUCAAAAGAAGACUUGAAGAGAUCAAGAACUAAUGAUAAAACCGACUUGGAUGUGAUAAAGGAAAACCAUAGGUUCUUAUGGACAGAAGGUGAUGAAGAUGAUUUGACUUGGGAGAAAAAACUUGCAAAGAAAUACUACGACAAAUUAUUUAAGGAAUAUUGCAUUGCUGAUUUGAGCCGAUACAAAGAGAAUAAGUUUGGAUUUCGAUGGCGAACAGACAAAGAAGUGAUUUCAGGCAAAGGUCAAUUUUGCUGUGGAAAUAAGUACUGUGAUGUGAAAGAAGGAUUAAAAAGCUGGGAGGUUAACUUUGGUUACAUUGAACAUGGCGAAAAAAGAAAUGCCCUUGUGAAAUUGAGAGUAUGCCCAGAAUGUUCAUCUAUGUUGAACUAUUUUCACAGGAGAAAAGAAGUAAAAGCGACAAAGAGAAAAAAACAAAAGGAACAUAGCCUUGAUGCACCACCAAAAAAGGCAAAGAGAGUGUCAGAUAAAGAAAAGCAUAGUUCUAAACAAAAAGGUAAAUCUUCCACAUGUGGAACAGAGAAAUCUGAUAGUGAUUCAGACCAAAAAUUAUCAGAAGACAAAGAGGAUAAAGAUGAUUCCUCGGAUGCAAAGUUUUGGAAGGGACCAGUUCAGGAUGUCGAAGAAAAAAGCAGAGAGGACGCGUUUGAUGAAUAUUUUGAAGGCAUGUUUCUGUGAUCUCCUUGAAGAAGGGCAGAAGAGUGGACAUCUAUGGGAUAGAGUGACUCAAUUGAAUGAAUUCGAGAACUGGCUUCUGUGAUUGGAUAUUCUUCGUGAUUCCAUCUGGAAGAUUUAUGACAAAGAACAUAUUCAUUACAAAUCAUCAUCCCAAUUAGAUAUGUAAUUAAUAGUUUCUGUGGAACUGAAAAUACUAAAGAAUGAUUUGUAAUUUUGUUUUGGUCAGGCUGGAUGUCUGGCACAUGGGGAAACCCAUCACCAUGUAUAGCCUGCUGUUUAUAUGUUGCAUCAAAACACACCUGCACAUUGAACAGUUCUUUUUAUUGUGUAUAUAUAUUUCACAGACAUUUGUAGUAGCAUUCAAGUCCAGUCAUAAUUUAAAGAGCUCCUUUCACUUUUCUUGGUUUACACACAUACAGUAGCAAUUUAUAUUACAUAAUCUUCCCAACAAUCUUUUACAUCUGUUAUUGUGAAAAGCUCCCAAGUGCUUUAUCAAACAAUCUUCAUGGCUGAUUUACAACACUUUUGCCAACUUGUUCAUAUAUAUUUCAGACUUGUAAAUACAAAAUUUUUUUAACUGAAAA